AUGCCUUGCCGUCCAGCAAUCUGCUCACACUCCCUCGGCCGCGCCUGGGUCCACGACCUCCCCUCCAAACUCGACCAAGCCGCUCGGCACGGCUUCGACAUCGAGCUCUUCUACGAAGAUUUGUUCUACGUUGCUAAAGAAUUUCCCGGAGGCGCCACUCCCGAAAACCACAUCAAAGCCGCCCACGAAGUCCGAUCCUUAUGUGACGAGCGAGGUAUAUCCAUCAUCUGCCUGCAACCUUUCAUGCACUACGAUGGCCUUCGAGACCGAGAGAAGCAUGCGGAAAGGGUCGAAGAGAUGAAGCUUUGGAUCGAGCUGGCGAAGAAUCUGGGGACGAGCUUGAUUGCCAUUCCGUCGACUUGCUUGCCUGAGGAGCUUGUGAGUGGGGACCUGGAUCUCAUUACUCAGGAUAUGGUCGAGGUUGCGGAUCUUGGUGCUCCGGAAGGUAUAGAAUUCGCAUAUGAGGCGUUGUGUUGGGGAACACAUGUCGAUCUUUGGGAACGAUGCUACGAAGUCGUGUGUCGGGUAAAUCGUCCCAACUUCAAGAUCUGCUUCGAUACGUACAACUUCGCUGGACGAGUAUACGCGGACCCGACCUCGCCUGCAGGGAAGAACCCAAACGCCGACGCCGAUAUGCAAGCAUCAUUAAAGCGGCUUGUGCAGACCGUCGAUGUCAAGAAGAUCGCCUUCGUCCAAGUCGUUGACGCAGAACGAUUAUCAAAACCCCUUUUGGAAGACCACGAGUUCUACAACCCAGAGCAAUGUCCUCGAAUGAGCUGGUCGAGGAAUUGCCGGCUGUUCUACGGCGAAGAAGAUCGAGGCGCUUAUCUUCCCAUCAAGGCCAUUCUCAAGGCCCUCAUCGUGGACCUUGGCUACGAAGGCUACCUCAGUGCAGAGCUAUUUAGCCGCACACUGAUUGAGCCUCAAUCUUCAGUGCCUGAGCAACAUGCACGACGUGCGGCUAUCUCGUGGCAAAAGAUCGUUGCCGACUUCGAUCUCGACAAAAAAGAGGCCAACGGUCGUCCCCAACCAGCUCUCGAGCAAGCGCCACGCGCCCAAUUGUGA